UCUGCUCCGGCAGAAGGAGUGACUCCCUGCAGGAGGUGAAGUGAUCCAGCUCUCUCAGGCAGAUUAUCACUGGUAGUUUGGAGCCAUGCUGUCCGCCAUGCAGCACCUGAGCAGCCCGCUGUUGCUGCUGCUCCUCUGCAGCCCGCAGAUGACUGACAGCUGCUCCUGCGCGCUCUCUCACCCGCAGGACGCUUUCUGCAACGCCGACAUCGUGAUCAGAGCUAAAGUGGUCGGCAAGAAGCUCCUGGGAGACAGACCGUUCGGAACAAUGCGCUACACCGUCAAGCAAAUGAAGAUGUACAAAGGAUUCAAUAAAGUUCAGCACGUGCAGCACAUUUACACCUACGCCGCCGAGAGUCUGUGUGGCGUCAAGUUCGAGAUCAACAAGUACCAGUACCUGAUCACAGGUCGCGUUUAUGACAACAAGGUUUACACGGGGCUCUGCAACUUUAAUGAGAAGUGGGAACGCCUUUCGCUGGCGCAGAAGAAAGGUUUCAACCAUCGCUACCAGCUGGGAUGCAACUGCAGAAUCAAGCCCUGCCAAUACCUGCCAUGCUUCGUGACCUCAAAGAACGAGUGCCUGUGGACGGACAUGCUGUCCCACUUUGGCUAUCCCGGCUACCAGUCCCGGCAGUACGCCUGCAUCCAGCAGAAGGAGGGCUACUGCAGUUGGUACCAGGGCAUGGCCACCCGCGAUAAAACCAUCCUCAACGCUACUGAUCCCUGAUUCCAAACCCGUCGCUUCAGAAACCAACUCUCUGUAACCCCAUUUCUGUCCCGCUCUUGGAUUACCUUAACUGGACUCGUGACGGCCUUCUUUAAAAGGCAGAAAAGAGCAGAUAUAUUACAGUGCCUGUCUGUAGCACUUCUGAUGCCCUUCAAGCUUCUAUUGUUUUCCCACUCAAUCAGCAACCGUCCUAGAGGUACACCAGAUGUUUAGCAUCAGUCUAUGCAGGACAUUACCAGUCUGUGACGGGAUCUUUAGAAAUUGAACUGCCACCGACUCAAAGCAGCUAAUCUACUGAUUAUUUGAUCGAUUU